UGGAACUCUGGAGCGGCACUCCAGCAUUCCUGACCGCCCCAGCCCCUCACCUUAGAGAAGAGCAAGAGAACAUUCUUUGAACUGCGAACGUUUUUGGUAAAGGGAUAGUCUCCCAGGCUUUGGCUUCCCGCCUCUUGAUUGCGGGUUUGAUCCCGCGCUGCUUUCCUUCUCCCGAACCUCCUGGGGUGCAGCCGGAGUCCUUUAGCGCGCCAGAGUCUGGAACAGAGGCUGUCCUGGCCUCCGAGGGUGAAGCGGCCGUCGGCCCCAUCUCUUCGCAGCCCCCACUCCGCCGCGCCUCGGUGCGCUUGGGGGGCGGUGGGUGGCCCAGCUGUAGCGGACGGCGCUCCGGGAACACGCGGCAUGCAAUCACUCAACAUUACGCGGGAGCAGUUCUCCCGGCUACUACGGGAGCACAACUUGACCCGCGAGCAGUUCAUCGCGCGGUAUGGGCUGCGGCCCCUGGUCUACACCCCGGAGCUGCCCGGGCGCGCCAAGCUGGCCUUCGUUCUCACCAGCGUGCUCAUCUUUGCCCUAGCACUCUUUGGCAACUCACUGGUGGUCUACGUAGUGACCCGCAGCAAAGCCAUGCGCUCGGUCACCAACAUCUUUAUCUGCUCCUUGGCGCUCAGCGACCUGCUCAUCGCCUUCUUCUGCAUCCCAGUCACUAUGCUCCAGAACAUCUCUGACACCUGGCUGGGGGGUGCCUUCAUUUGCAAGAUGCUGCCAUUCGUCCAGUCUACUGCUCUCAUGACAGAAAUUCUCACCAUGACAUGCAUUGCUGUGGAAAGGCACCAGGGACUUGUGCAUCCUUUUAAAAUGAAGUGGCAGUACACCAACAGAAGGGCUUUUACCAUGCUAGGUGUGGUCUGGCUGGUGGCAGUCAUCGUUGGAUCGCCCAUGUGGCAUGUGCAACGUCUUGAGAUUAAGUAUGACUUCUUAUAUGAAAAAGAACAUGUCUGCUGUUUGGAAGAGUGGGCCAGCCCUGCACACCAGAAAAUCUAUACCACCUUCAUCCUUGUCAUCCUCUUCCUCCUGCCUCUUUUGCUGAUGCUUAUCCUGUAUAGUAAAAUUGGCUAUGAACUUUGGAUAAAGAAAAGAGUGGGGGAUUGCUCAGUGCUUCGAACUAUUCAUGGAAAAGAAAUGUCAAAAAUAACCAGGAAGAAGAAGCGAGCUGUCAUUAUGAUGGUGACAGUGGUGGCUCUCUUUGCUGUGUGCUGGGCACCUUUCCACAUCAUUCACAUGAUGAUUGAAUACAGUAAUUUUGAAAAGGAAUAUGACGAUGUCACAAUCAAGAUGAUUUUUGCCAUAGUGCAAAUAAUUGGAUUUUCCAAUUCCAUCUGUAAUCCCAUUGUUUAUGCAUUUCUGAACGAAAACUUCAAAAAAAAUUUUUUAUCUGCAGUUUGUUAUUGCAUAGUAAAAGAAACCUUAUCUCCAGCACGAAGGCAUGGAAAUUCAGGAAUUACAAUGAUGCAGAAGAAAGCAAUGUUGUCCCGGAGACAGAAUCCUGUGGAGGAGACCAAAGGAGAAGCAUUCAGUGAUGGCAACAUUGAAGUCAAAUUGUGUGAACAACCAAGGGAGAAAAAAUAUCUCAAAUGACAUCUUACCCUGUUCAACUCUGAACUUUCUGAGAAUUCUGCUUUAGGCAGCAGACACUAAUUAUAACAAGGUCUUCAUAAUUAGUACCAUUCAUAGCUUAAUCAGAAGAGAAAAUUU